AUGACUGAAGAUAGCGGAGAAUUAGAGUCGGCAGAAACCCGCACCGCUUUGGGUGAUUUGACAAAUCUUUCGAGGAAAAGGGGAAUUUCGUCGAUUCUGGGCGAUUUCCUACAUAAAUCCGAAGGUGAAUUUGGGAAGAACGUUGCCCAUGAAGGUUCGAGAGUAGAGUUUUCAAAGAGGCUGUGUGUAGUUGUAGAUGAUUUGGUAAAGGAAAACGAAGGGUCUUCUUCGGAUUUUAAGAAUGCUUCUGUUGAUUCCGAUGAGAAAGGAUCUGGGGAAUCUCAUGGUGCUAUGGUGGAGAUUUCCAGUGGAGACGGCAAACCAUUGAAGGAGAUAUAUUUUGAGCCUGGUGACAGAGACGGUGCACGGGAGUUGAACUUGAACCCAGCUGCUCCUAAUGCAGAUCAAACUGGUGUUACUGCUGGUGAAGGCUUGGCUUUACCUGUGUUAAGCAGCGAUAUCGAGAGCCUGGCUAUAAGGGAGGAGUUGCCUAAAUGUCAGAAUCUGAGAUCAUUUGAAUUGAGUCGAUGCUCAAAUGUUAACAAGGAAGAGCAUGUGAAUCAGACUAUGGGAGAUGACUUGCUAAAGUCUUGCUCUUGUUCUUUUUGCCUUAAAGCUGCGUAUAUCUGGUCAGAUCUUCAUUACCAGGAUAUCAAAGGUCGAUUAUCUGCCUUGAAGAAGAGUCAGAAACUAGCGAGCAGUUUGAUUGAAAGGAAUCGCAAAGAAAGGCCUACGGAUUUUCAUGCCUCGCUAAACUCGGUUAAUUCUGCAAACCUUGCAUCUGAUCUCAUGGGCCAUUGGAGGUCGCUGUUUCUUAGCAUGGGCGAUAUCCUCGCUCAUGAAAGUAACACCCUUCAAAAUAGCUUCUCGGCAAUGAGAGAAUUGCGAGAAGAUUGCAAAAUUGAUUUGGAGAGAGCGAUGAAACCACCUCAGCACAGCACCUAG